AUAAGAUCCCUGCGGCGCUCUAAGCUAAUUCCGAUCUUUACAAUUCCCGAAUUCCGGUCCCGGCGCAAACGUCCCUGCUUUGUUCUCAGCGCCAAAACCCACCCCAGAGAGAUGAGAGGUUUCGCCGGCGCCAGCGGCGGCCGCGGGAGGGGCGGAGGGGAGAAGUACCGGAAUCCCUGCCUCACGAUGCACCAGCCGUGGGCCUCGCUCUUGGUCCAUGGAAUCAAGCGCAUCGAGGGGAGAUCAUGGCCGGCUCCUCUCACGGGUCGACUUUGGAUUCAUGCUGCGUCGAAAGUUCCGGAUCCAGAAACUAUCAAAGCAAUGGAGGAGUUCUACAGGGAAAUAUAUGCCAUUAAUGGGAUCACUGAUAUCAAGUUUCCGGAGCACUAUCCGGUCUCGCGACUUCUAGGUUGUGUUGAAGUGGUAGGCUGUCUUAAAAAGGAAGAGCUGGUGUGUUGGGAGGCAUUACCUGAAUCGGUAAGGCUAGAAGGCCAGACAGACUUCUGCUGGCUCUGUCAGAACCCACAGACAUUGUUAGUUCCAUUUGAAAUGCGAGGUUAUCAGGGUGUUUAUAACCUGGAAAAAAAGAUCUAUGAGGCAGCAGUAAGAGGUCUUUGCCCUGUGCAAUGCCCUCAACCAGUGAAGUUUCCACUGCCAGAUCCCCAAGAUCCUUUGUCACUGAGGCCAGGAUCUCUUGCCUCAUACUUCAGCAGCUCUAAAACAUCCACAGUGGAGACACCAUCUAGUGUUAGUGCUGCAAUAGCUGGUGCAAGGGCUGCUGCUGCACAGUUUUCAAAGAAAGAUCAGGGCAAAGCAACCAGUAGUAAUCAAACCGGUGUAAUUCAAAAAAGUGAGCAUAGAUCCACUGGAAUCAGUCUCAGGCUAACUACGGAGGGCAGAAGGUUGUCUAGGUUCCCAAAUGGAAGGUCACAUCAGGGCUAUCAGGCCCAUAACCAUGAGGAACAGGAGACCACUGCAGAAAACAGAGAACAUAGAAGAGGUCUCACUAAGGAAGUUGGCAGAGAUCUUAUUUUACAGCCUCGAGCUUCUAGUAAGCUUUUUGCAGCAGCAUUAGAAGGAUUAAAGUUCAAUUAACUUAUCUGGCUUGCUGUUAAAAGCUUUGGGAACUGACAGAGUAGAGCAUCCUUUUUUUCGAACCAGUGGAUCAUGUGAAGUUGCUCGCGUGGGUAUUGCUGCACUCUGAAAGGAUUUUCAAAUGGCUUUUGAGUUAUUCCAAUACUGCUGUAUAUUUUCUUGCCUUUAUCGUUUAUCAGUAUUUGGUCUAUGUUUUAAAUUAGAGCAUUUAAUUCUGUUCAUAGUGUAGGUUCCCUGGCAUAAUUGGGAUAAAAAAAAAUGGUGGGAGGUAGCAACAUGCCACGGAAUUAUGAUGUAAUUUGAUGUACAUGCUGUCUUGAAAUUAUUAGGAAUCCAAAAUUUGUUUGAUCCAGGUAUGCUGAUGCGGAGAUUUUUCUUCUCUUAUCGAUUAUUGGUCAAAAUUAGGCAAGGUAGAGUUUUAUGCAACUACUUUGGAAAAAAUAAGCAAAUACUAAGAAAAGCUCAAUGGC